AGACCGAGUAAAAGAGAAAAAUCAACCCAUCAGCUACCGAGUCGUAGGCACUUGCUUCUUCCUGGUUGUUUCCUUCCUGCUUCAAUUCUCCUGACUGCAUUUUCUGACCUUUUCCCCUGCAUCAUCAUUCUCCUACCUUCCUUACUUCCUGCAUUUGCCUCCAUAUUCACUCGCAGAUUCUGAACUCCCUCUAUCUUUCUGUCUCCAAACAUCAGAAUUCACUUUCCAUUCUGCAGGAUUGUUACAAUACAACUGUAAAAGCGAUAUAUAGUGAAGAAAUCAGAAGAAGUUGAAAACAUGGAAGCAGGUGGAUGGAAAGGGGAGAAGAAAAGGGUUGUGGUAAUAGGAGGAGGUGUGGGUGGAUCCCUUGUUGCCAAAUCCCUCCAAUUCCAUGCCGAUGUCACUCUUAUUGACCCGAAGGACUAUUUUGAGAUUCCAUGGGCAAGCUUAAGAGCGAUGGUGGAACCAUCAUUCAGUGAGAGAUCAGUUAUUUACCACAAGGAUUACCUCACUAAUGGCCGCAUCGUUGUAUCUACUGCCAUCAACAUCACCAGAACUGAAGUGUUGACAGCCGAGGGUCGUCUGAUUGCCUAUGACUAUCUUGUCAUUGCCACAGGCCACAGAGAUCCUGUCCCUGAAACUAGAACCGAGAGAUUUAAUCAAUACUGGGCAGAUAAUGAAAAGUUAGAAUCAGCUCACUCUAUAUUGAUUGUUGGAGGUGGGCCCACUGGCGUUGAACUUGCUGGAGAAAUUGCUGUUGAUUUCCCUGAUAAGAGGGUUACUCUAGUGCAUAAUGGAUCUCGGUUGCUAGAAUUCAUUGGGCAAAAAGCCUCUGACAAAACUCUAGACUGGCUGACGUCAAAGGGAGUUGAAGUGAAAUUGGAACAAUCAGUCAACUUGAACUCUGCUACAGAUGGAAGCAAAAUGUAUCACACCUCAGCUGAGGAAACAGUCGAAGCGGAUUGCCAUUUCUUGUGCACCGGAAGACCAUUGGGUUCGGCAUGGCUGACGGACACUAUACUGAAAGACAAGUUGGAUAUUCAAGGAAGGUUGAUGUUGGAUGAGCAUUUGAGAAUCAAGGGUCACAACAACAUCUUUGCUGUUGGAGACAUCACUGACAUUCCAGAAAUUAAACAAGGCUAUCUAGCACAGAAGCAUGCUUUAGUGGUUGCCAAGAAUUUGAAGCUAUUGAUAGCAGGAAGAAAAGAAGGCAAAAUGGCGACUUAUGAGCCUCGCUCAAUCAAGGCAAUUGUUUCGCUUGGGAGGAAACAAGCUGUUGCACAAUUUCCAUUCACCACGGUCAUUGGGCUUGUUCCUGGCUUUAUCAAGUCUAAAGACUUGUUUGUGGGGAAAACAAGGAAGCAACUGGGCCUUGAACCUCAUAUUGAUUAAUCCUAAGUCAAGAUCUCUGCCUUCAGUCGAUGUAUAGAAUUCAUUUGCACUACGUUUGGAAGUAUAAAUUUAGAAGACUGAAUUUGAAGAUGUGUGAUUUUGGAAUCUUAAUACAAAAUUCUAUGAUAUUCUAUGCAAAUUCACACAAUUUCAAAUUUACAGCCUUGAAAUUCUUUCUCAUAUGCAACAUUGAUGUUUUUCAACCCUUCCUGCUGUAGUUUAUUUUUCUUGUAUGAUUCAAAUGCCUGUAUCUCUUUGUAAGUUGAAAUUUUUGGUGAUUACUAAUUUGCCAUUUGGUAAUACGUGUACUGAUUAUACAAUUGAAAUCUUGCUGUAGAGAUUGUGUUAUUUUGAUAUUCAGUUUUGAGUGCAA